UCUAACCUAAACCAAGCCUACAAAUCCUACCGUCUCUCUCUCUUUCGCUCUCUCACAUGGAGCUGCUCACUUUAUUCAUUGCACUUCCUGUGUUCUACAUUCUGUUCAUGAUCUGGAAGUGGGCCGGGGCAAGAAGAGAUCAAGAAUGCUACAUUUUGGACUACGAAUGCCACAAGCCGACCGACGACAGAAUGCUAGGGACGGAGUUCUGUGGGGAGCUAAUGAAGAGGACUAAAAAUCUCGGUCUCCCUGAGUACAAGUUCCUCCUGAAAGCCAUUGUCAACUCCGGCAUUGGCGAGCAAACGUACGGGCCGAGGGUCGUGUUCUCCGCCAGGGAAAACAAUCCCACGCUGCUUGAUGGGAUGUCGGAGAUGGAGGAGUUUUACGAGGACAGCGUGGCAAAGCUGUUGGCCCGGACGGGAAUUUCUCCCUCCGAAAUCGACGUACUCGUCGUCAACGUCUCCAUGCUCUCCUCGGUUCCUUCUUUAUCCGCCAGGAUAAUCAAUCAUUACAGAAUGAGGGAGGACAUUAAAGUCUUUAACCUCACCGGAAUGGGGUGUAGCGCCAGCCUUAUUUCCGUCGAUCUCGUCAGAAACCUGUUUAAGUCGUACAAGAAUCUGUACGCUCUUGUCGUGACUUCCGAGUCUCUGAGCCCGAAUUGGUAUUCCGGGAACGACAAAUCGAUGAUUCUUUCCAACUGUUUGUUCCGGUCCGGUGGAUGCGCAAUCCUUUUGACCAACAAACGCGCCUUGAAACACAAAGCCAUGCUCAGAUUAAAGUGCCUCGUUAGAACCCACAAUGGCGCUAGAGAUGACUCGUACGGCUGCUGCAUGCAAAUGGAAGACGAGCAAGGAAAGGUAGGGUUCCACCUCGGCAAAACUCUUCCGAAAGCCGCCACCCGCGCUUUCCUCGACAACCUACGAGAGAUGUCACCCAAGAUUCUCCCGAUGAGGGAGCUUUUCAGGUUUACGGUCUUGUAUCUUGUCCGGAAAAUGCGCCGAAGCUCCAACAAGACCGGGGGAACUACAAAAACGGUCGUGAACUUCAAGACCGGCGUUGAUCAUUUCUGCCUCCACACGGGCGGAAAGGCGGUCAUCGACGGCAUCGGAAUGAGCCUUGACCUUAACGAGUACGAUCUAGAGCCGGCGAGGAUGACGCUUCACCGGUUCGGAAACACGUCGGCGAGUAGCCUUUGGUAUGUUUUGGGGUACAUGGAGGCGAAGAGACGGCUGAAGAAAGCUGAUAGAGUAUUUAUGAUAAGCUUUGGUGCCGGCUUUAAAUGCAACAGCUGUUUGUGGGAGGUGGUCAGGGAUUUGGGCGAUGGAAAUGUGUGGAAGGACUGCAUUAAUGGGUACCCACCAGAACGCUUAGAAAACCCUUUCAUGGCGAAGUUCGGUUGGAUCAACCAGCAGGAGGAUGCAAGCACCUUCAAGUUCCUAGAGUGAGAAAAGUUUCUCUACUUUUACUUCUCUCAAAGUACGAGGCUUUCUUAAUCUGAAUUGCCGUAUUAAUUAAUUUUCAAUUAUUUGUAUGUACACUACAAGAAUAGGGUCUUAAUAUUGUUGAAAUCGAUCCCAAUAAGAUGUGCUAGCUGCUUCAGAAAUGAUGAUCGAGAAGCCUGCCAUAUCCUAUUGGAUUGCUAUCAUUUUAUAUCUAUAUGUUUUGCUCUUUGUUGAUCAUCUAAGUUAUAUAGAUUGUGAUACUUGCUUUAAUUUGUUUUUCUUUUUUUCAUAAAAGAUCGAAGCUUGUACACGUUGCUCACCCCAAUAUUUCUUAUUAUUAUAUCAUUGUUGUACGUUAUGAAUGUUUUCAUCGUUUCUCUUUCCUAAAUUCUA